AUAAAGCAGCAGCAGGUGCGUCAAAGGUUACAGGAUUUUACAUGGCUACUUUGUCCUCAUACCUUGUGAAGGAGGAGGAAGAAGAAGAGGAGGAGGAAACGGAGGACGAGGAGGAUGAGGAAGAUGAGGAAGAGAAAAAAGAUGAAUCAGGUGACCAGAAGAAACAAAGAUCCUCCUGGGUUCCAAGCUUCUUCUUCAGAGUGGACAGAGAGAUGUAUCAUUAUGUCGGGCAGGAGAUCAUGAUAGAGGAAGGUCUUGACUCCUAUGCAGGCAUGAUAUGGCCAGCGGCUCUGGCUCUCUGCCACUACCUGGACACUCAUCGUGAAGAGCUGAAUCUUGUGGACAAGGCAGUCCUGGAGAUCGGAGCAGGAACUGGCCUGGUGUCUAUUGUAGCGUCACUCCUCGGUGCCUGGGUGACAGCCACAGACCUCCCAGUAGUACUGAACAACCUGAGAGUCAACCUGUCCAGGAACACCAGAGGGCGAUGCAGACACACACCCCAGUUGGCAGCUCUGUCUUGGGGCUACGACCUGGAGCGCACCUACCCUACAUCUGUGUAUCACUACGACUAUGUAAUGGCAGCUGAUGUGGUCUACCAUCACGACUUCCUGGACGAGCUUCUGGCCACCAUGAAGCAUUUCUGCAAACCAGGAACGACCUUGAUCUGGGCCAACAAGGUCAGGUUUGAGACUGAUCUGACUUUCACUAAGAACUUUAAAAAGUCUUUCCACACACGCCUGCUGACUGAAGAUGGAGAGAUGAAGAUCUUCAUGGCAACGUGUAGAGAAGAGGAAGGAGAAGGUGAUGUGGGGAUGGAAAUCCAAGAUCUGCUGACAGAGGAAGAUGAGGAGGAGGAAGAAAAAACGGAUGAUGAUGAGCUUCGUUAUGAUGAUGUUGAUGUAACUGAGGAACCUCAUAUGUUAGAGACUGAAAAAGAAGAUAAAGAGGAAGAACAAAGCAAAUCUGAUGAAAAGGAGAAGACGGAGGAGAUAAUGGUCCUCAAAGAUGAUGAGAAGGAAAAAGCAGAGAAAAACGAUUCAAAUAGCUCUGCAAUACCUCUGCAGCAGGGCAGAGCACCAAUCUGGGUUCCCAGCACCAACACCGGCUUUGGUAAAGACGUCUACCAUUUCGUAGGACAUGACAUCACCAUUUAUGAGUCUAUAGACUCAUUUGGAGCAGUGAUGUGGCCAGCAGCGUUGGCUCUGUGCUCCUUCCUGGACAACAACAGGCAGAGGGUGAACCUGCAGGGAAAGGAGGUGCUGGAGCUGGGAGCAGGAACGGGAUUGGUAACCAUUGUGGCCAGUCUGCUGGGAGCUUCAGUCACAGCUACAGACUUACCCAAUGUGUUGAGUAACCUCCGGGCCAAUGUGAUGAGGAACACCAGGGGGCAUUGCAGACACAUGCCCCAGGUGGCAGCUCUGUCCUGGGGGUACGACCUGGAGUGCACCUACCCUACAUCUGCGUAUGACUACGACUAUGUAAUGGCAGCUGACGUGGUCUACCAUCACGACUUCCUGGACGAGCUUCUGGCCACCAUGAAGCAUUUCUGCAGACCAGGAACGACCUUGAUCUGGGCCAACAAGGUCAGGUUUGAGACUGAUCUGACUUUCACUGAGAACUUUAAAAAUGCCUUUAACACGCAGCUGCUGGCUGAAGAUGGAGAGAUGAAGAUCUUCAUGGCUACAUGUAGAGAGUAAGAGACUGCACAGAUGGAUUACAGGCCCCGGGGAAAGUGACUCUUCUUAAUGUUACUCUGUGGAAAGUCCGGUCUGGUAACUGAUCCACCUUUUAGAUUUAUCAUAUUUUGUUUAUUCUUUCCAAUAUAAUACAGCAAAGUGGCAGUGAAUGAGUUUGAGAGUAGAACAGUAGGUAAUGUAACCUUUGAUUUUCUUUAAUAUUUUGUACAUAAAUGUGUAAAUUAUUAUAGAGAUAGAUACGAGUGGAAAGGUUUACACAGCUUCUCUUCAUUUCCAGAAUGAACAAAUACUGAAUUUUAAGUCCGGUUUUCAAGUUUUCAUCCAUCAUCAGGGCUAUGAAUUUAUAAUUAACCUGCUGCUGUAUAGAAAGCAGAGCCUUUUCACGUGUGUGUGCCUCCAGGUCAAUCCUUUCAUAAUCUCUCCAUUACAGGAGGGAUGGUUGAGAGCAAAGCAGUUCAUGUAUCAAGACCGAAACAUAAUAUACUCAUACGCCUUACACUUUCACAUAUAGAAGAUCAGAUGAUCCUUUUGCUCCAUGUUAACCAACCUAUGGAGCACCAUAUUUAGCCUAUACUGGGUCACCUAAGGUUUAAGAGGAGUUCGAAUUACACAAAUCAAUCAUCAGUGUCUUUGUGGAAGUGAAACAUCAAUUCAAUUCAUUGCCACAAAUGACAAAACUGCUUCUCAAAUGUGAGUUUUUCUUUCUUUCGUAUGAGAGUGACCUAAAUAUCUGAAGUUUUGAACUGCUCUGGGACAAAACAAGACAUUUGAAUGUGUUGGACUGUGUCUCACUAUUUGACAUUUUAAAAACAAAACCAUCCGUUCACUAACAAAGACCACGCCAAUGUGGAUUUAAAGUUCAGACAGGUUUACUGCAAAUGAAGGAUAAAGGUGAAUCGAGAUGACGUGCUGUAUGAGGGAUGAGGGGUGAGGGAUUAGAGGAGAAAUAUGGGUGAUUGAUGGAGGAGUUCGGAGGUUGGUGGUGGGGAGAAGGGAGGGAACCAGAAAGGACUCUUGAGUGGGAAAACGUGGAAAGAAAAAGAGGUUUUUGGGGGAUAGGGUGUGUGUGAAAACAAAGUCAUAGAGGGAAUGAACAGAUACGAUGUGCUUCAGUACUUCGAAGGCGUGCUCCUUGUUCCUGAAACUUGUUAUAAAACUCCAUUUAAUUGAUAAAGAAAGUAUCAGUUAUGAAAUCAAAUUUUUAGUUAUUUUUCUUUGUGCGUGUGAAUUUUUUUCUUUUUUUUUUUACAUUUAUAGGAAAACCCUUCCUGUCAUUACUUCUUGUAUUUGUCUUUGUCAUUUCCGGAUUUGUCAAAUGAGUAAAACUGCUUCAAACAAUGUGUAAUUCAUCUUACAAAACACACAAGCGACGACGAGGGCACGCUUCAAUUCUUCCAAAUCGUUUUUAUUCAGUGUUGUUUUCCUUGUUUGUGACUUAACUCCAUGUGACCACAAAAUCAUGUGACAGUAGCUCAGGUCUUUCCCACGUCAUCGAGGAAGAAUGGGUAUAAAAUAAUACUAAUAAGAGCAUACAACCUUAAUUCUCAUAACAUUCUGUAAAAUAUUGGCAUUUACUAGAUUUUAUGACUAUAAAUAUAAACACUCAACAUCCAGAAGAAGCAUUUCUGAAGUGUUUCCUGACACCAGCAGAAGUGAGAGCAACAGAGGUGCCAGAAAUGGACGGUACAGUCCCAUGGUGUAAGUUAAGGCCAUUUUCGGAGACUGUCAUUGGCAACACGUACUGUAGACAGCUGAGCCCUGAACGUAACAUCUGUCUGCACCGAACGACUAACACAAAGAAGAGGAUGAAAACAGAAGAUGCAAAUAGAUGAAAAAAAAAAAAAAACACAAGUAAAACCAAACCCAACUGGCUCCAGUAAACAUCUCACACACUCAGAGAAGCCUGUGCUGAGACCACCGCAGACAGUGUGUACAAGUCACAGCUAAAAACAGACACACAAGGUGUUAACAUGAGUUGUAACCACAGAGUGGUUGUGUAUGUACAGUCGUCCCAAAAAAGAUUUUCAACUCCCAUGAGGACGAUAGCUUGAAAGCAGCUGAUUUUACAUUCUGCAGCACGCACCUGCCAGUUGUGAGAGGACUAAAAACAUCAGGGGAAAUCAAUUCGAUACCUAUCAUGUCCAAAUUUUAGCAUUUUAACUUCCAUCCUUUGACAACUAAACCAACUUUAACAUGGGAAAAAUCGUUCUUUGGUUACACCAAUACUACAGACUGUGACGGGAAUUCACACUUGUCUUUUUAAAAACAUCCAGAACUGAUAAAGGUUGAAAACCACAAAUAUAAAAGUUAAAAAGUGAAUAUGUAGUUCGUAUCUUUCGCAUGGUCCUCUCUUGCACUGGCACGGUGUAAACAAACAGUCACAUGUCCUUGUUGAGACCACACCAGAGUCUUUGCAACUUUUAGCUCCUCUGCUAAAAAAAAAAAUCACAUAUGGUACAUUUCUGCUGAAUAUUUACAAACAUUGUUUCCAAUUUAUUAUGACAUGAAGCCAAAUCGUAGACUUCAAACUGCCCCUGGUUGGGUUGCAUUGUGGAUAAUGUAGGCGCCAGGUUUCGAGAAAGGUUUUGUUAAUGUUACAGAAGUGCAAUACUAACUAUAGCGUAUGCCUUAAAGUGGUAUAAUUCAUCGUAAUGAACAGCAAGUCUGCCGUUAUUUUUAUUAAAAGGUUCAUUGAAGACUUUUCAAAAACAAUCUGAAGACAAAGUUUAAAUUCUGUAAGAUGAAAAGUUAGUUUUUAUAUUUUUAUUUAUUUUUUAUUAAGAAUUGAACAUUCAAAAAUUCAGUCAAUCGAUGUGCUUCAUCAGGACUGUCAUCAUAUUUUGAAUGAAACAUUACUAAAAUUCUGAUUGGUGCUCAGAAAUAUGCCUGUAUCAGCUCAAGAGAGGAGAAACACUCGGACAAAAAAAAAAAAAGAGAAAUUUCUCCAGUGAAAUAUGAAAUUAAAUGAAAACAGCUUCAAACUUUGGCCAAACAUUUGUGUCGGACCGCGCCACUCAUUUUAAAAAGAGGGCCUUUAAUGCAGACUGUGUUCACUAUGAAUUUAUACAACUCAAGCCAAUAGUCACCCAGCCUAAAAUAACUGAUGUGAUGUGACGUAUACGUGAUCCGUAGCAAACGAGGUGAAACAUACAAAACCUCUGGCGUGGUCCUAUAAAGUAAAUAAGAAAAAAACAAAAACAACAACUCAUGCUUAACCCCCUUUUUAAAUGGCUAUAAUUUCAGUUCUGUUGGGAGAAAAUGUUCACAUACAUGAAAUAUGCUCACAAGUACAUGUAAAGUCAUUCACAAACACACACUCAUGAAAACAACAACAGUGGAUAUCGUCUGAAUCUGGUUUGGGAUUAAAAAUUCCUUCAAAUUGAAACAAACUAAAAUCUGCUUCCAAAUAAAACUAUUUCUUUCCUUACAUCCUAGAAGACAUGCAUAUAUGCAAAAUACAUCAAUUAGAAUAAUAUUUGUAUUAUAUACCUAUUGCAUCUUAAUAUUUUUAUGUUAUGUGUGUAUGUACAAUAUAUUAUGACACUUGUGUACAAAUGCAACAUUUUGAAUGCCGCAGAGAAACGUCUAACACUGUGAGAACAUUCUACUAAGAAAUCUGAUCUUAAACAUCCUCCUGCUGCCCGCGACUGCACUUGUCAUAUUAGUGAGGUCUGUUAGAUGGCCGUCAAACAUGCCGCUCAGGUGACAGCGGUGCGACGUGGGUGGCCAAACGCCUCUGAAGGUAAGCAGAAGCCAAGAAAGAGAAAACGUUUAUUUUUGUUUUUUGUGGCUUCCCGUUACCUGACAAGUCACUGACGGCCUGCAUACAGUGCACGGACACGUCGUACUGCUGAGAUGAGCUCUGAAACCAUGUUUGACGCCAAAGGCUGACGGGUGAAAUGACUGCAAGCUGGCUGAGUGCUGACUAGUGAUUUUGCGGCUUCCUGGGGCGCAAAAGCCCGUCUGUUUUUUCCACCGCAGAUAAAAAAGGUAAGGUACAUGUAGGAAGGCACCUCAAUGCUGUUUUGUGUUCUGAGACUGUGUACGUGAGUCAGACGAGACUAAAUGUUAAUUUUAUCAACCAGGCCUGAAACAAUCGAUCAAAAAAACUAAA